AUGGAGAAGUCAGAAAAGUCGCAAUACCCCCAGCAUUACGACAACUCAGUCCCAGCGCCCGACUACAGCACCCUCGAGGUCGCUCAGGCUGGCAAUGGCUACACUCAACCUCCAUCACACACGCAUCUGAUGCCCCAGCACCAGCAGGUACCACAGCAGAUACCACAGCAAAUACCACAGAAUAUCGUACAACCGGGCCCGCAUCCAGCAGCACCAGCUACGAUAAACGAUGCAUCCUCAUACCAAGGAGGCGUCUCGCCCGAGAGCCCGCCGCAGGCAGCGGCAGGCUACUACCAACCCAGUGUUCCGAAAUCGUCACCAAUCGUGCCGUGGUCUACCUUUGAUGGACGGAACCCGGCGCCCGUGAUGGGGGCCUACCCCCCGCAAAUGCCGCCGGGGAGUUUUGCUUUUGCUGAGCCAGAAAGAAGGAUAUGUGGCUUCAAGAGGAAGUCCUUCUUGAUCGUCUCGGGGCUCGUCGCCCUCAUCCUGCUCGGCAUCAUCCUCGGCGCUUCGCUGGGCACGACCCUGGGCAAGAACAGCGGAGGAGGUGGAAACGCCGGCCCAGCGGCGGAUGGCUCCUCGACGAGCGCCCCGUCGAGCACCCCGUCGGCAUCGCCAUCGGGCACUGCAGCAGACGAUGCAAAGAUCAUCCUGGCCGAGUCCAAGCUGUCUGCGCUCAACUGGACCGACGCCAGCUCGAACGAGUGCCGCGCCGUCUUCUGGCAGGACAACUCGACGGCCCUGAUGAUGUCGUACUGGGACUCUGCCCAGCGCCAAUGGACCGUCACCAACGUCAGCGACUCGGCGGGUGCCAACGCCACGGCCCGCGUCGGCACCCCUCUCGCCGCCACCGUCCGAGCGACGCCGUACGUGACCAAGUACCACCCGUUCAUGCUCGCCCUGUUCUACCUCGGGCCCGGCAACACCGUCGAGGUCGUCACCAGCGCCAACCCGCGCGGCCAAAAGUGGAAGACGGGCGACCUCUCGGGCCGCAACACCAAGUACAGCGCGCACGAGUCGUCGGCCCUCGCCGUCCUCUUCAGCCUGUGCAACGGCACCUGCACGGGCGACAUGUCCGUCUUCUACCAGAACCCGGACAACAAGCUGAUGAGCAUCUCGAGCGCCGACUGGAGCCGCCCGCCGGUCGAGGUGCGGCCCAACAUCGCGCCCACGUCGGGCAUCGCCGUCACGGCCUCGGCAGACAAGAACGCCAGCGUGGGCCUGCAGGCAGACAUCCAGCAGGUGUACUACCAGACCAACUCAGUCAUCCAGGAGGUGGGCAAGGCGCCCAACGAUACGGCCUGGAUCCAAAAAGCAAACACCGUCAUCCCCUCUGUGCCGAUCGGUAAGCCCGUCGACCUUAGCGUCGUGACGUGGAGCCUGCCCGACGACUCGACCGGCCCGCGCCGCAAGCUCGUCGUCGCUCGGAAGCCUGAUGGGUCACUGCUGGCGAACCACUGGGACAACACGAGCUGGCAGGAUGCAAAGAGUCCCAACCUCAACGGCGCGCCCGGCGGCUCAGAGAACUUCACGUCAGUCUCCCUGAUCAGCGGCCCCGACCUGCGCGUCUACGGAAGGACAGACCGUGGCAUUGUGUGCUACAAGAUCAAUAUGAACAAGCCGUUUGAGUGGACACUCGAGGACAAUGUCCAGCUGCGAGUUACACCGGCUCAAGAUUCGCCGCCUGCUUCCAAGUCAAAGCAGGGGAAGUCUGGUUCUUGA